GAAAAGGAGAAUAAAAAAGAGAGAAAAAAGAAAGGAAAAAAAAGAAGAGCAGUAGUCGGCCAGUGCUGGCCACCUCUCGCAGCUCCACUGCGCGCACCAUCACGCGGAUACGCCUCCCCUUCCUCCACUUGCAGAUGAGAUCGAGCGGGCUGGGCUGAAAAGAUUCCAUCAUUUCUGAUCCAGGAGCGGUAUUCUCGUGUCCUUUCGGUGGCUUCUUCUUUUGGGGGUGGAGGGCCUCGCCGCCGGUGGGGAGGGAGGCGGAGAUGAGCCGAGGCCGGUCGCCGGAGCCGCUGGAUUUCUUCAUCUGGACUGUGGAGGAUGUGGGGUUAUGGUUGGAAGAAAUAAAUCUCGGAAGCUAUCGCCAGGCAUUUGAAGAAAAUGGUGUAAAUGGAGAGUAUCUAGAAAGCUUGUCAAUGUUCACUACAGAGCAGAUUCUUCGGUUUAUAAGACGGUGUCAUAUGAAAUGGGGAGAUUUUAUCACACUUUGUAAAGAGUUGAGGCGCAUUAAAGUUGCCUGCUUGAAAGGGGAGCAGGAGGUCCGCAGGCCAUGGUGGGCGCCGUCAUGCCUGUCAGUGGUGUUUGUGAGGGUGGCCAAGCGGAACCGGCAGUCCCGAGUCGUCUCCCUGAAGCUGGAAGCCUAACAGGUUCACCGUCAGCCACUUCGCUGCAUGCCCUGCCGCCGUCCUGCGCCGGCGCUGAUGGAAGAACGCGGCGCAAUGUACCAUAUAGUACUAGCUCCCAAUGGUCUGGAAAGCUCGUUUUGCUGUAGAAUCAUCAAGUGUUGUAACCUGUGUGUAUCUCUUGAUUUGUUCCUCCAUAUAUAUAGGGUUGAGGAUUUGAGAUGGUGAUGUGGUGUAGACAAGAACACACAUAUGUUGUGUGCUGUGCAGUUGGUCGUUCCCUGUUCACUGCUGCUUCUAAGCCUACCAGCCUGAAGUAUGUUCUUUUGAUUAA